GCGAGGCUGCUCUUUCAACAGGCGAUUUGUUCGCCUGUCUGGGGCUCAUUGCCAUGCGAAGGGGCUGACAUCAGAGCACCUUUUGUUGCUAAAAGCUCUUUUCUCUGGAGAGAGACAGAGAGAGCAGUCAUGUGGAGAUGGGAGGGCCCAUGUAGAGGGAAAGGGGGGAGGCAGAGAAUUAGAGUUACCUACGAACUGAAAACUCAGCGCUGGCUCCUGAUUUGAGGAGGGGGAACCUUACCGAAAGACUUCCUUUGGUGCCAGAUGUAUUUUGUGUCUGUGGGAAGCGAUUCCCUCUCCCCAAAGAGGCGACCGCGACUCUCUGGAGCACCCCUGCGCGAGGGAAAGGUGGUCACGGCCAGCUUUGCUUUGCCACCCUGUUGCUCACCGCUCCAAGCAGGCAAAGUUUGUGCGGAGCAUGGCAGUUUCUAGACGUGCCAAGAGUUGAGCCCGGGAAGGAGCUGCAGAAGGGAAGCGUCGGCCGCCUCGUCUGCUCUCUUCUGGGGCUGGAGCCUGGCGGGAAGGCGAAGGCAGAGGCGGCAUGAUGGAGUAGCCGGGCGGCGGCGGCGGGUCUGGCUUGAGCGCAGUGCUUGAGCCGGCGGCGGGGCGUGAGGCGGGCAGCGUCGCCCUUGGCUAGAGUCUCGGUCCGGUGGGGAGCGCGCCUUGAGCUUUGCUUUCCGAGGAGGCGACUAUGGAGGAGGAACAAGCCGCCGGCGCCGAACCCCAGGAGGACAGCAGCAUGCCCGAGAGUUUCUCCAGACUCUGGACGGAUGUCAUGGGGAUACUGGAUGGAUCAUUGGGCAACAUUGAUGACCUGGCUGAGCAAUAUGCAGAUUAUUAUAAUACCUGCUUUACUGAUGUAUGUGAGAGGAUGGAAGAGCUUCGCAAACGCAGGGUUUCCCAAGACCUUGAUGUGGAGAAACCCGAUGCCAGCUCCACAUCCCUACAGCUGCGAUCCCAGAUUGAAGAAUCCCUUGGCUUCAGCAGUGUGGUAUCAACACCAGAAACAGAAAGAAAGUUCUCUCUUCAUAAAUCAAGUUCUGAAGAAAGUGCUGUCGGUAAAGCAGAUUGGAAAAAGAAGAAUAGGUAUUUCUGGCAAAACUUCAGAAAGAAUCAGAAGGGACUAAUGAGGCAGUCUUCAAAAGGGGAGGAUGUUGGUUAUGUGGCAAGUGAGAUCACAAUGAGUGACGAGGAGCGGAUCCAACUAAUGAUGAUGGUUAAGGAGAAGAUGAUUACUAUUGAGGAAGCGCUUGCAAGGCUUAAGGAAUAUGAGGCCCAACAUCGGCAGUCAGGUAGCAUGGACUCUGCUGAAUGGCCUGAUAGUCCUUACCCAUCUUUUGACGGUUCCUCCAAUUGUAAUUCAAGAGAGCAGUCGGAUGAUGAAUCUGAAGAAUCGGUGAAGUUUAAGAGGUUGCAUAAGCUGGUCAACUCAACUCGCAGAGUGAGAAAGAAAUUAAUUAGAGUGGAAGAAAUUAAAAAGCCCAGCAGUGAAGGUGUGGAUGAGCAUUCCCUUGACAGCUCUCCAGUACCAGAUGACAGAUCAGCACUUUAUUCUGGAGUUCACAAGAAGCAACUUUACUCAGAUAGCUCUACUGAGAAACAGCCAGAUGAGGACUCUGACUCACUCACCACAUCUCCUUCAUCGAGCAGCCUAGAUACUUGGGGUACUAACAGGAAAUUGCUCAAGACCUUCAGUAAAUCUGAAAGCCGUGGCCUUAUCAAACCCCCCAAGAAACUUGGAACAUUUUUCUCCUACCCAGAAGAGGAGAAGACUCCAAAGGUUUGCCGCUCCUUGACUGAUGGAGAGAUGAAGAAGAACCUUGGUUCUCUGAGCCACGGGGUAAGUAAAGAAAGCGUUUGCUUUUAUGACAACAGGCGCAAGCACCAUGUCUUGGUAUCCUUUGAGGAAAUCCAGAGUGUCAGGAAGCAGAUCCGACUGAAAAAGACAGAUUCUAACUACUCGUGUUCUAGAGCUUUUCUUUGCCAGCGCCCUGCUAGGAAAUACAUAUCACCCUCAAUUUGUGACCUGCAGCUGCUUCGUCACAAAGCCAAGGGGGUAGGAGGAGGAGGAGGCUGUGGCUUCCCAAACAGAAGGCUUCGAGGGCGCAACUCUGUCAGCGAGUUCAAUAUCACGUAUGUGGUAGAAAGAAGUCUCUACAGUCACCUGAACCUGUCACAUCUGGUGCGGCCCGUUACUGACAGGACACUGAGCAAAGCUGAAGAGCAGGAUUUGAGGCGAUGUCUGCUGGAAGAAGAGGAUGAGGCAAAGAGGAAGUGGGCAGCCACAAUGGACCGCUGUACUAAAAGGGUUCUUUUGAGAAUCCACCAAAAGUCUAGAACCUGCAGCUUUGGUGGCUUUGACUUGACAAAUCGCUCACUGCACAUUGGAAACAAUUUGGAUCAGAUGGGCAAAGAUGGUGAUUUUGUUUAUAAAGAAGUGAUCAAAUCCCCAUCUACUUCCCGCAUGUCCCUUGGUAAAAAGGUGAAAUCUGUUAAAGAAACCAUGAAGAAAAGGAUGUCUAAGAAAUAUAGCAGCUCCUUGUCAGAGCAGGACUCCAGCCUGGAUGUAAUGCCAGAAUCUCCUCAGUCACUACAGCCAGAUGCUGAUUCUCUGGAUAAACCCAAACUGAAAGCUGGUGGUUCUGUAGAAAGUUUAAGGAGCUCUCUAAGUGGUCAGAGCUCAAUGAGUGGACAAACCGUAAGCACAACAGACUCCUCAGCCAGCAACAGAGAGAGUGUCAAGUCUGAAGAUGGUGAUGAUGAAGAACUACCAUACAGAGGACCAUUUUGUGGCCGAGCCAGGGUUCACACUGAUUUUACCCCCAGUCCUUAUGAUACAGAUUCCCUGAAACUCAAGAAGGGUGAUAUAAUUGAUAUAAUCAGCAAACCACCUAUGGGAACCUGGAUGGGCCUCUUGAACAACAAAGUGGGUACCUUCAAGUUCAUCUAUGUGGAUGUGUUACAUGAAGAGGAAGAGAAGCCUAAAAGGCCUACAAGAAGGCGACGGAAAGGCAGACCACCUCAGCCUAAAUCUGUUGAGGAUCUCCUAGAUCGCAUCAACUUAAAGGAGCACAUGCCCACCUUUUUAUUCAAUGGCUAUGAAGACCUGGACACUUUCAAGCUUCUAGAGGAAGAAGACUUGGAUGAGCUCAACAUACGGGACCCACAGCACAGAGCUGUUCUCCUGACAGCAGUUGAACUGCUACAGGAAUAUGAUAGUAACAGUGACCAGUCAGGUUCUCAGGAGAAACUCCUCAUAGAUGGUCAGGGCUUAAGUGGAUGUUCUCCCCGGGACUCAGGCUGCUAUGAAAGCAGUGAAAACCUGGAGAAUGCUAAAACUCGAAAGCCUUGUCUCUUACCCUCAAAGUUGGCUUCUGAAUACAGUUUUAAAGAUUUCCACAGAAAUCCACGGGCAAAUUAUCCAACCCUGCCCUUAACUAAAUCAAUAGAUGUCCCCCAGCAAGGAGAGAAGACACAGUUCACUUGUACAAAUCAUGUUCUGAAAAGCUGCCUCAAGCCCCCAGCAGUCACCGUCCUCAAGAAGAACCGCAGAAGUUUACCAGUUGGUAUCUGUCGGAGCUGUGAGACUCUAGAAGGCGCUCAGAAGGUUCACAUGUGGCCAAGAUCUCAUUCUCUUGGUGACCUUCAUGGAGAAGCUGGCCCCGACUCUGCAAAGAAGCUGGAUGUUUUCCCUCAAGGCGCACUGGAUUUAACAAACAUGCCAACUGGCUCUGGAGGUAUGCACAUGGCAGAACAGUUGAUGGCUGAGCAGAGCAAAGCAGGUGUUGAUUCUCUUAAGGGGAAAGCAAAGGAACUGCACUUCUCUGCAACCAUUCCUUCCAGUGGAACAUUCCCACUGUUUCUGCCUCAGAAUUGUGGAGUUCAUUCAUCUUCACUUUCACGUGGUGUAACUUGGACUACUUUUGAAAACUUCAAAAAGACCACACAUGAUCUUGGAAGGGCCAAUCAUUCUCCCUUCCCCAAGGAAGCUGAUCAGAAGGGCACGGGUGAGACAAGAGCACAGCCAAAAACAUCUUCACAGCCACCACCAGUCCCUGCCAAAAAAAGCAGAGAACGCCUUUCUAAUGGACACUGUCACCUCCCCUCAGCCCUUUCUUGUCCAGAUGUGCCAUCCUUGCCAGCGAAAAAGAGCCUCCAGCCUGGCUCCUCUGAUUCCAAUGUACUGACUGUGUGUAGAUCUCCUGGGCAGGAGCCCAGUAGUCCUUCAGGCGUACGACCGCCUUGGUUUUCAGAUCUUCCAGAGACUGCUACUGUGCAGCAACAUGUGCUAAAACUUGAUCCUUUGUCAGUGAGAAAAAUCUCUUCUAAUAGAGGACUGGAUCUGGAAAUGUUGAUAGAAAACAAGCUGCAAUCUGAAGAUAUUGAUCUCACAGAAGACCCAUAUUCUGACAAGCAUGGCCGAUGUGGGAUUCCUGAACUUUUGGUACAAAGGUACUCUGAAGACUUAGAGCACGCUGUAAAGGAUGUUGCUACAAACCUGGACCAGAUCCGGGUGAAGCAGCUGAGGAAGCAACACCGCAUGGCGAUUCCAAGUGGAGGCCUCACUGAAAUCUGUCGAAAACCUGUGUCCCCUGGCCAUAUCACUUCCAUAGCCGACUGGCUGGUUUCUAUUGGCCUUCCGAUGUACUCAAGCUCCUUCAUGGCUGCAGGAAUUGAUGACCUAAGCAAAGUGCCUUCUGUGUCAAAAACAUCACUUCAUGAGGCUGGCAUCACAGAGGAGAGGCACAUAAGCAAGCUUUUGGCAGCAGCAAGACUACUCAGUACCCUCAACCCAGAGACAAUAUAACACACUCUGAAACAUAGCAUCUGCCAGUUGGAAAAGCCAGAGUUUCCUACCAUGUCAAUUUCAUCUUUAAUUUCUCCAGAAAGCUCUUUGGCAUCAGGCAAUGGCGGUCUUUGGGAAGACGUUGAGGCCCUUGUGUUUCUCUGUCAACAAUUCACAAAGGAGAAUAUAAGAAGUUGUUUUGAGAGGGAAACUGUGCUUGCCGAUUACCCCUUAAAGAAAAGGCACAGUUAUGUUAGUUUCUUAAAGACUGAGGCUGGCUUCGACCCAUUUAAGAAUAUACAUGUCCAUUACAAAAAAGGGAACUUUACAUCAACUUUUAAGCCCCAGGAACUUGGAGGAGUAGAGUUAGGUCUCUGUACUUUGGGGCUGCUCAUUUGUUAAAGUGCAGCUCAUUGAUAAAUCAUGGAUCUACAGUCCUAAGCAAACAUAAACACCCCAGGGGGUGUUUUUACAAGUAAAAAUCUUAAACAUUACAUCUCUUCAUAGUAGCUUAUGUUUAUCCUUUUCAUUCCACCAAUUCGUUUUACAUAAAUAAAUAAAACUCCUUCCUGUGUUUGGUGGAUUUUUUUCAGGUUUCUGAGCCUCUAGGUAGGCCAAAGAUCCUCAAUGGAUUUAGUUAUUGUGGAUCUCCUUUUAUGCCAGUGCAAUUUCCAAGACCAACUCAGAAAAUUCCUUAUUUGUAUAGAAUUAAAGUCAUUUUUAUAACUGCUUCUUUAGCACUCAGCUUUUUAUUUGCCUUAAAAUGCUUUUGAGCAGUUCACUUACAGCAUUCAUGUUUCAGAGGCAUUUCGUUGUUGUCACUAUUAUUUGGCACCUGACAGGUUUGUGUCUUAUAGCUGUUAUUGUAACAUCUGUUUUGUAAAGUUUUCUUUUUGAAGUCAGAUUUUGGUUCUCAGGCUAACAACUUGUUUAUGGCAGUUCGUAUGCUGGUAUUACUAAAAGGCUAAAAGAUAUUUUGCCUUGUGUAUGUACAUAUAUAAUUAUAAAAAAAGGUUUUUCAUGUUACUUGCAAUUUGGUGUACUGUAUUAUAUUGUCAGUUGAAAUGCCGCAGCUUUGACUUGGUAUCCUGACCAUAUCAAUGGAAAACAUUGGUCUCUGAAAAACAAAAGGUUAUCCAGGGAAGUAAAUUAACUGAUAAGAAAAUUGUGUGUCUGACACAGUACAAGAACAAGAAUCACAUUCCAUUGUAUUGAUGGGGAAAACAAACAAACUUUAAGCUGUCAUUCUUGCAAAAAGUCAAUAUAAUACCUCUAUUAUUGGGUGUUAAAAUGACAAUUAGAAUAAAAGCUAUCUGGUUGGCACUGUGAGAACAAGUUGCUAAACUAGAUAAGUCUUUAGUCUGAUCCAGCAGGGCUCUACUUAGGUUGACCUGGGAUGCUGAAACAGCUUGUUCUUUCUUCACCAUGUUCCUGUUUUCUAAAACUAUUAAACAAUGCAGUGUAGAAUCUCUUACUCCCUUCUGUGAAUAUAGAUGAAGUUUAUUUUUGUACAUGGCCAGACAUUUUGUAUACCAAAUUAGCUCAGCUUGAGUUCUAAUGUAUCUAGAUUAUUCUUUAGUGUCCAUUAACAAGCUAAAAUUGUAGAGGCUUUUCAGGAUAAAUAACAGUGAGUAAACUGGAAGAUGUAAUAAGCUCAGCAUGGAAUUGGAAACUCAGAUCUGGUUCAAAGCUGCUUUGUAAUUUUACGCAAGUCUCAUCACCUCUCUAACUCACUUGCUUUGUCCUGCCUAUGAAAAGAAAGUAGUUUAUACAACUUCUUAAAGCACAUUCAACCUUAAGAGGAAAGUUGGGUCACAAAGGCACACAGCCUUCCCCAAAAGUGUUUUUGACUUGAUGUGCUUUUUAACUUUUUGCAGUAUUUUUUUAAAGCUAAAAGCAAAACAUUAUAAAGUAAUUUAAACUGAGGUGUCCAAAGCUGCUCUGGAUUUUCUUUCCUUUGAUGAGACAUAAGGAAGAGAGAAGCUUUAACAGGAUGGCUGUAGAGAAUGUGAGACAGUUGAAUGUGGGGCUGGGGCUGAGGGAGGUUAGUAAGUAAACCCUUUAAAUUGACAAAAGCAGUUGUUAAGGCUUUAAUUCUAAAUAAACUUGUUUAAAAGUGCAUCCAUUAAAGCACAUGGAUCGAGCUUCCAAAAGUGUUGAAGUGCACAAAAAGUUUCAUUUUCUGAAAAGGUUUUCACUUUGGGCCUAAUACCAUGGGUCUGAAAGAUACCAGCAUAGGUUAGCUUCCACAUGAUGAGCACAAGCCAGUUGAAGUUAGCUCUUUGAAACUAGAGCAUUUAAGCAAUGAAAAGGGACUUCAGGGUGCUUCAAUUUAACUGAAUUAUGUCCAGUAUUUAAGCUUAGUAUGCUGGGCUAUGUAAUAUGGAUACAGCUGUCCUCCCUGCAAUCAUGUUAAUAUGGACAAUGUAGUUAAAAAGUACUGUAAAUACUUCCAGUAUCCAUACACAGACAAUGACACAUUGCUUUCAGGUCCACAUUCCAUUUAAGUCGAUUUAUAGACUAAACCUGUGGAUGUUAAAACAACCACAAUACAUUUUGAAGCAAUAGGACUGCUUUUGCAAUAGACUAAUAUGACCCUUUCUACCAGCAUAGAUAUAAAUAUGGGCAAAAUAGAUCACAUGGUGCAUGAGAAGUGAGGAUUGCUUCAUAUAAAGAUGAUUUAGCAUAAUUUGGGGAGACAGUAAUAGUGAGGAGGAAGAAUAUGUUAUCUCCAGAAAAGUGCCUUGCACCUGCAACUGUCUGUAGUGGCAAGUAAUUGUGCACAUUAAGCAGUCACUAAAGUCAUUUCUCACAUUACAUGUCAGUUGAUUCAUGUGGACAAAGUAGAAACAUUCCUUGGUGGCAACAUGUAUUGUCUGUCUCCAAGACUGUCAUGUGCAAUGCUAAUUUCCAGACAACCAUUUUUGGUAGGGGUAUGCUUUACAAUAAUAUUUUCACACAGUAAAAAACGUAACAUAGCAAGUGGCCCCUUUGACUUCUGACUGUCAAGGACCUUAAAGGUAAAGGUACCCCUGACCAUUAGGUUCAGUCACGGACGACUCUGGGGUUGUGGCGCUCAUCUCGCUCUAUAGGCCGAGGGAGCCGGCGUUUGUCCGCAGACAGCUUCCGGGUCAUGUGGCCAGCUUGACUAAGCCGCUUCUGGCGAAGCGGAGCAGCACACAGAAACACCAUUUACGUUCCCGCCAGAACGGUACCUAUUUAUCUACUUGCACUUGAUGUGCCUUCGAACUGCUAGGUGGGCAGGAGCUGGGACCGAACAACGGGAGCUCACCCCGUCGCAGGGAUUCAAACCGCCAACCUUCUGAUUGGCAAGCCCUAGGCUCUGUGGUUUAGACCACAGUGCCACCCACGUCAAGGACCUUAGGACCCCCAAAAUGUACCGCUUCCACCAAAUCUGUUCAAUGUAUUCUAAUGUGCACACAGCUGCCACACUUGAAAACAGUGUUCCAUUUAUUAAAUGGAGAAAGUAGAUCAUGGACAUUCAUUUACAUUUACAAAUGUGUUACUGGAAUAGAAGUUAAUGAAGCAAUGCACAAAGUACAUCAGAGCACAUGUGGUACACUGAAUUUGGGUCAUAUGGUUGCAAAUACAUGUGGUAUGACCAACAGGAUUUUCAUUUAGGUGUUAGGUUGUGUUUUAAAACAAAUAUUUAAAAAAUGAGUACCUUGCAAUAUUUAUCCUUCUGAAUCGGGGGCACCUAUGUGAGAUGUGGCCUGCAUCAGGUUUCCAUCUCCUCCGCAGUUCCUCUGCACCCUCAACAGCAAGCUGCUGGUGGAGACUUUCCCUGCUGGAGCCUGUGAAAGGAAAGCAUAGCCCUGAGAAUUGUGUGAACAGAGGUAUUAGUUGCAUGGAAAAAUGUGGGUGGGUUAGUUAGUGUGAAUGGGGUGUCACCCCUCCAUAAGCCCGGAUGCAACCCCUGACCUCUGUCCCCUGACAGAAUGCAGCCCUCACCUCAACUUAGGUUUUUUCUCCUUUUCUAGAUACACCCUCAAAAGGCAAUUGCUUUUUAAAAGAGCAAAUUGAGCGAAGGAAAGAAGCCAACAACAACUGUUCUUUUAAACAACAAAAGCAAUCUAGAUUUGUUAGGCUACAGAAGCUGCCUUACUGGUUCAAACUUGAAUGAAAGGAAAGGGAAAAACCAGUGUUCACUCUUAUCGAAAGCAUUGUAUACAUUAAUAUCCCUAAGCUACGUUAGGAAUGAAACAAUGAUGAUUGCUUAAACUGAAUGACAAAGGGGUAGAACUUCUAUGCCUGUUUACAAAUCCAGUGCAAAUUUUCCUGAUUUUUAAAAUAUAUACAUUGCUUUUAAAUAUUUUUACAAUUUGUUCAUCCUUGAGUUAGACUUUUGCUUACAGAUUAUUUUAGUUUAUUGUUGAUUUAGCAGUUGACCAUUUCAACAGUAUAUAUAUAUUGAUCCUGGAAAAGCCUUAAAAAGUUAGGUACCUCUUAAACAUUACGUACAGCAAUGAACUCACUGUAAACAAUAGCAUGUUAUUUACCACCAUCUCCUUACAUGCAGGGUUCCAAGUAAAUGUUGGAUUGGAGACUGUCAAAAUACACAAAGCCAGAAGCAUGUGCCAAUUCAAUUCAUCUCUAGACAUACAGGGCCACUUAAGUCUCCAUGUCAUACUGUUUUAGUUGGCAUCAAAUCAUAACGUUAGCAAGGUAAGGCCUGAUGGUCUAAAGACUUGUAAUUGUAAACCUGGCUUUGGUGCAAGUGGAAACUCUGGAAAUAAGAUCUGGAGCACAAAUCCUUAUUAAACCUUUUCACACAGAUCUAAGUGCAGGAAUAAAGGUCAAUUCACCAAGUCAUGGCUGUACAUCUGUAUUGUAUUAUUUUUAGUCUAAACGCAUUGACUCCAAGCUAACUUUUACUCAUACUCAAGACCUCUUUUUGGAAAAUGAAAACUUUAAACAAGUUAUGUAACAACUAACAAAUGUUGCACUUUCUGUAUAUGAAUCAAUAUUUAAAUAACUUAUUUUUCUCCAUUUGCUGUUCUUAAAUAAUGUAAGUAGCUGUAAUAUACCAGUACCAAUAAGUCUUUGCAGUUUGCUUCAACCUGAAAAAGCGGUGUAUAAUAAAAAAUGAGAGAAAAUGAGGAGGGGAAAAAAAUCAUACGAAUUUGUAAAUAUUACUGUGCUCUGUUACAUUUAGCAAAAAGAGGAAACAAAAGGAAUUUUCUGUGUAUGAAAACUUCUCUAUAAUUAUGACUUAUUGUUCAUAGGAAAAUAAAUAAAUUCUCUCAAGCUCA